CGACGAUGAUAGCAAUAGUCAUGCCGACGCGAACAAACGAACUAGUACGACUGGCACUGUUGUACGUUACGAUGAGCCACAUUCUGAAGAGAAUGACGACAGUGAUGUAUCAACGUCUUCUGUUAGGAUAAGAAAGAAACGCAAGGGAAGAUAGACGAAACGAGAUAUAGAAUAAAUAAGGAAAAAAAAAAGGAAGAAAAGAAAGAAAAUUUUAUCAACGAGGAAGGAUCGUGAAGCUUUCUUAUAAGUGCAAGCAAGGUCGUUGCACUUGUUCUUGUUCCUCUCUCUCUCUCUCUCACUCACUCAUAUACACACAUACACACAUAUACGUACCCACAUAUAAAGUAAAAGAAGAAGAAGAAGAAGAAGAAGAAAAAGAAGACAAAGAAAAAGAAGUUGGUACCGUUAAGUCAGACCUCGCCGAUCUUUUUGCUUUCCUCACUUUUCAACGAAAAAGAAAGAGAAAGGGACGAAAAGUCUGAUCGACAAAAAUUAAAAGUGCGCCACCGUUAUCAAUCGUGUAUAUACGUAUACGUAAAUACAUCUAUGUAUAUGUAUAUACAUCAAUUUAUCUUCCAUUGAUAAUAAUAUAUAUAUAUUAUUAUUAUUCGAUAUUUCAUUUAAUUAAUAAAAUACGAUAAAUUUUGAUAACGAGAGAAGAGUAUCAAAGAGGAAGUUCGCACGUACGUUGAUAUAAAUCUAUUAGAAACAUGCGUACCGUCAGCGAGGUUAUGAAAAAUCGUGCGAUCAGCUGACUAACCGAACUAUUUGGUGUUACGAGCUACGCCAAAAGGAACGACGGACGCUUACGAUCGUCCUCCAUUCGGAAGAAUUCUUCUCAAGAAGAACGACGGAGGAGUUUAUCGAGCUGUUCCGUCAUGACGUUCGGGACGCCGUUCCACAACGAGAAAUCUCGUUUUGCCAUCGAUGCUACCAAUAGACCGAGCGCAAUGGCGACCGAGGAGGGAAUGCUGAGUGGUGGCUUCGGUUCGAAAUUGAAGUGCCCAACCCCGAUUUCACGUUUGAGAGUGGAGAAGAUCGAGGGUGGUCUAAUGGUUGCCGGGGUUGUAAUAGCAGCGAACUGCCAGAUUGCUCUUCCGGCAUUUGGAUUUCUUUUCAUGCUCGUUGGCGCUGUUCUCACUGCCGCUUCGUAUCGUGGCCCAGGAGAAGACGAGGAUAAAGACUCGUAUGCAGCUCGUAUAGCAUUCACCGGAAAUUCGCGUAUCCUCGGUCCGAUAUGUAUCGUCGUUGGUGCACUUAUGCUUGCCCUAGGUAUACUACUUUGCAUGCUUACGAGACGUGCGAGAAGGAGGGAACGUAGAGUGGGCUUCCACUGUCCCUUACAUGGGGAUUUCUACCCUGUCAGUCCGGUUCAAAGUGUCAAGAUGCUUGGUGUCUCAGGAAAAAGUGCCAGCGGAUGGCCGAGGAUACCCUGUUUGAAAAGUCGUACGAUGAGUAAGGCCGGUGCAAAUGGUUCACACGUUGGUCCACCCCAAUGUCCUCACUCUGUAUUAAGCAGCACAAGAAGUUCAGUGAGCAGUUCACCUUUGAGUCCUUGCCCUACACCGAUGCCAUUCCUCGUCACUUCCGGUUCCGUCAGCAGUGGCAUGGUGCAAAGUGUUGGGGCCAAUUUAUCACCGGACCAAACAUUCGGAUCAAUUCGAUCACUUUCGGUGACAAGAGAAGUCGCAAGUUUUCCGUUAUCACGGACACCCACGCCACCCCCUCAACAUAGGCCGUCGUUGCUGCAAUCGAACAACGAUGAUCUCGUCGUUGGCGUUGGUAGUCCAUUGAGAGAGGCCUCACCUAGACCGGAAGUGCGUGUUGUGGCACCAGCCCAUCGACCUCCAUCCGGUCUCGUUGCACUUCAACCAAUGACAACAAAUAACCUCGUGUCGCCUAGCAUGACGAAUUUAACGACAACAACGACAACAACGACAACGAUGACGACGACGAUGAUGAUGAUGACGACGACGACGACAUUGACGUCGCCAGUUACUACAAUGACCGCUUCUAAGACGUCUGCGUUAUCGUCGUCGUUAUCGUCGUCGUCAUCGUCGUCGGCUACAAGUACGAUUACGAGUGCGAAGAUGAGGACGACGACGACAGGAACGACAGCGACGACGAAUCGUAAGUCGGUGAGCAUAUUACUUCCGGAACACACAAGUGGAUGACCCCAACAACAUGGCUUCGUGCACCGCUGCGAUGACGAUCCCCUUCCAAUAUAAGACAUUAACAGGGGUAGAUUUAAAGAAAAAAAAAAAGGAGGAGGAGGACAAUGAGGGAAAAGGGAUGGGAAGGGAGAGAGUCACGAAGAGAAGAGAGAAUAAAUGAACCCAAACUUAUCUCUUUUUCUCUGUUUGUCUCUCUCUAUCUAUUUAUCUAUCUAUCUUUAUCCAUCUAUCUAUCUAUCUAUCUAUCUAUCUAUCUAUCUAUCUAUCUAUCUUUUUCUCUCAUUCCAAUUUUUUCUUUUCGACUCCUACAUACUCGUACUCCUACGUUUGACAAUUAUCGGGAGAGAGACCUCUAUCGUAUAGCUACCUACGCCCCUGUUCCCGAUAUCUAAAAAGAAAGGAAGACAAAGAGAGAGAGAGACACACAAAGAAAUCCAUUCCGAGCUCUGAUUCUCUCAACUCCAAAAGUCUAGAAAGAGGGAGAGAGAUAAAGAGAGACAAAGAGAGAAAGACAAGAUUGAGGAUGAAAAUGUGUGAAAAUUGAAAGAUAGAAAGAGAGAGCAAGAGAGAGAGAGAGAGAGAGAUCAAUUCAAUCAAAGAGAGUGAGAGAGAAAGAGAGAACGAAGCCAUCUUGCUCUCAAUACUGUUUUAUCCGACAGCUUCGUUGUCUCGUUCCUGGAUUUUUCUGCCAUGACGUAGACAGAAGCGAAACAAAGUUCUGAAUGAUACAAAAAGUAACUUAAUUCCACAUAUUAUGGGAUUUUAUGAAAACAAUAUAAAGGAAGAUAUAUAACGGAGCGUUCAAACGCCAAAAUGCGACUGGAUGAUUGGAUCGGUCUAAAGAUACAGAGAAAGAGAGAGAGAGAGAGAGACAAAGAGAGAGAGACAAAGAGAGAGAGAGAGAGAGAGAGAGAGAGAGAGUAGAGGAUUAUCUUUCUUUUUUCUUUUAUUUCCCAAAGUUAAUUCGAAAUGUCUGCCAUUUUCUUUUGUGUUUUUCUUUUCUUUUUUAUCGAUCGGUAACAGAGGUCAACAAUUGUGUCAAAUAUUUGAGAUCACGACCAAACCUAAUCAAUACGUACUAUUUGGAAAUUAAAAAAAAAAUUUUUAAAUGAUUGAGAAUCACUGACUCCAUUUUUUGGUAGUUUCAUUUUUUUCUUUUUUUUUUUUUUUUUUAUCAAUACAGGUCAACGUCGAAUCUUUCAAAACAACGGUGCUCGAUGAGCCUUGUAUUUGUUAUUUCAAAGUGAUUGAUUACCACUGAGAUCAUUUUAUUUAUUUCUUUUUUUUUUUUCUUUCAUUUUUCUACCGACGGGGUCAACGAUCCAUCUCAAAUCUUUUGAAACAACGUUGUUCAGUGUACCGCAUGAUAUUUGAACAUUAAAAAGGAUAUUUAUUUAAAAAAAAGAAAAAGAAAAAAUGAUGGGGAAUCAUUGAAUCGGAUCUAAUACAAUUUAUAAGGGAAAAAAAUUAACACUGACGGUGUUUGAAUAUUAUGAAAAUAAAUAGAUUUUGUUUUCUCUUUUUCUUUUUCUCUCUUUCGCACUCUCUCUCUCUCUCUCUCUCUCUCUCUCUCUCUCUCUCUCUCUCUCUCUUUCUCUGUAAUUAUGAGUAUCAAUAGAUAGAUAAAUUCGUGCGAUUAGAGAGAGACGUAAAAUUUAUGAUAGAAAAAGACAAAAAAUAGGAAUAAAAGAAGAAGAGAAAAGGAAGUGACAAAAGGAUAGAAAAAGAGAAAAUAAUCAAAGUUGUUAGAUUUUUAAAAUCAGGGAGAUAAAAGGAAAAUGGAUUAAGGAAAAAGGGAGGAUAAAAAAAAAAGAAAAGAGAUGAAGAGUUGGCAUUAAAAAAAAAAAAAACAAAAAACAAAUAAAGCGAAGAAAAAAAGCAGAAAAAAUCCUUGACAAUCCGCCUAUCGCAAAUUUUAGCCUAUGUGACCCCGAAUUUCGCCAUAUAUAUACAUACAUAUAUAUAUAUAUAUAUAUAUAUAUAUAUAUAUAUAUAUAUAUAUAUAGGGUUUUGAAAUAUACAUAUGAUAAAUUCGGAUUAGUGUACCGAUCGUUUUUUAGAUUAUGAAAAAUAAAAAAGAAAAAGAAAGAAAACAGCUUACAAAGUUACUUGAUAUAACAUACAUACAUAUAUAUUUUACAGUAUGGUCACAAAAAGUAUUUAGAUGGUGGAAAAAAAAGAUUUCGCAGAUGACUUUUAAAAAUCAAAUAUACUCGUCUUCGAGACUUUUUAGAUUAAUUUUUCUCUUACCAAUUGCAAAACCGCAAACGCCUAAUCGAGAGCUUUAAAAGUCACAGAAGAGAAGAGUAUUUAUGAAUUUUGAAAAUUCGUCUAGGAAUUUUUUUUUCUUUUUCUUUUUCUAUUUCUUUUCCUUCGUAAGGCCCACCUCGACGGAUUUUCGAGCGUGAUUUGUCACUGUAAAAUUUUUUCGUUGGUUUUCGUUCUAUUUAUUUUUUCUUUCGAUUAAGCAAAUAAAACAAAAAGAAAAAGACACCAACGCGCGAUACAUAUGUAGAUCAUUUAAACAGUUUGUACGAGCGAAUGAUUUUUUUUAUAUACACUAAACAUCUCCCGAAUUUGUUACGAAAUAUAUACUUAAAAAAUAUAUAUAUAUAUACAUAUAUACAUAUAUAUAUAUGUAUGUAUGUAUAUAUAGCAUUUUACUUCGAAAUAUGUAUUUCUCUGAAGUAAAAAAAAAUGUAUUUGACAAUUGUCGAGGAAUGAAAAAAUAAGGUUAGAAAAAAGUAAGAAGGAAAGAAAGAAAGAAAUGAAAAAAGAAAGAAAUAAAAAAAGAAAGAAAGAAAGAAAUGAAAAAAGAAAGAAAUAAAAAAAGAAAGAAAGAAAGAAAUGAAAAAUAAUUGUCUUGCGCGUUCCGACAUUCCACAAUGAAAAUUUAAUAGGUACGACAAUCAGUCAUAUGUACUUCGAGAAUUUUAACCUAUAAUAAAUGACGACGAAAAAAAAAAGAAGAGAGAGAAAGAAGAGAAAAAAUAAAACAGAAUUACCCAUGCCUCUAAAAACAACAUACAACAAAAAUGAAAGAGAGGGUGAGAGAGAGAGAGAGAGAGAGAGAGAGAGAGAGAGAGAGAACUUAACCAAAGAGUAAUAUCGAGUGCGACGUUUCUUUUUUUUUUUUUUUUUUUUUUUGAUAAAAAUCCUCGAAUAAAUCGAUCAUAGUGUUUCGACAAAUCGAUUUCUAGUAUUAUUAUUAUUAUGGUUAUAUUUUCUCGGGUGCCAAAGUGCUCGCAAAUAUUAUUAUUACCAUAAUUAUUAUUUUUAUUAUUAUUAUUAUUAUUAUUACUACUAUUAUUAUUACCAUUACAAUAUUACUAUCUAUUCUGACCGUACUUCUUUAUCGACAGAGAAAAACGAUCUUGUUGCCUUUCCUGUUUUUUCUAAAUGAUACAGAAAAAAAGAAAAGAAAAGAAAAGAAAUAAAAAACAAUUAAUAAUUACUAAAAAGCUUGAACACACGUUGAGACACAUUGAAAAUCUAAUAUGAACGAUAUAAUUAAAAUAUGAUAUAUAAUGAUGGGAAAAACCACCAGUAGGGAUUAAAGUAGGGAAAAAAUAAAGAGAACUUUACUUAAUAUUUAAGUGUCUAGAUGUUCGAUAAAAGAGAAAGAAAAAAAGAGUGAGAGAGUGAGAGAGAGAGAGAGAGAGAGAGAGAGAGAGAAGUAAAAUAAAAUAAAAUGAAAUAAAGAUCAAUUAAAUACACACAUACUUACAUACAUGCAUACAUACAUACAUACAUACAUAAUUACACAAGAUUUACUCUUCUCUUUAAAUGAACGAAAUUAAAAAGAAAAAAAUCACAAUGAUCAUCGUUUCAGUGACAAAGGCAAGUCGAUAUAUUACCGACAGAAAUCUCGAUGGAAUUGAUGAUAAGAAGAGAGAGAGAGAGAUAAAGAUAGAGAUAGAAUUGCAUUUGUUGAACUUUUUUUUUCUAAUGAUCAUUAUUCCGUAGAUGCUCUACGAAAACGGUGCUCGAUCAAAUAAUUAAAACAGCGAUCAUUGCGUAGACAGGAUAGGGAGUAGAUAAAAAAGGAAAAAGAGAAAAAAAAGAGAGAGAGAGAAAUAUAAAUUAAGAGAAAGAAAAGAGAAGAAAAAGAAAUGGAUCGAGACGAUUAUCGUUAUCGUAGAAUCUCUCGUGGGCGCUAAAAAUCUCGUAGCUUGUAAGGGGAUUAAAGUAACAUUUAAGAUUACAAUUACAAUAUCGAUAUAUCGUACUCCCGUAAUUCGCUCAGCCUGCUCGUUAAUAAUCUUUUAUUUUUCUUUUUCUUUUCUAUUUUUUGUUUCUUAUUUCUUUUUCUCCUUUACAUUUGUCACUUUUCUUUUUCUUUUUUUCUUUUUUUUCUUUGGCACCUAACCACCUACAGUUUGUAUAUUUAAAAAAAAAAAUCAUUGCUAUUGCCUAAAAACUUUUCGAAUUUUUUUCAGAAAAGAAAUAAUAAUAAUAAUAAUAAUAAUAAUAAUAAUAAUAAUAAAAUAAUAAUAGUAAUAACAGUAAUAAUAAUUUAAUCGAGCAGGCAGUAAUGAUUUUGAAAUAAGACUCUAGUCCUGUAAAUAAGUAUGGAUGUUUUACUUGACAAAAAAAAUGCUGGUCGGGUAUGAGGAAUCUGUGAAGAAUGGGGGUGAGAGAGAGGUUUAAAUUAAAAACGAUAUAGGUUCAAGAAUGUGUUAAAUGUCCGUUUAAAAUCUCGAAUCGCUAUAAGGUUAUAAGAAGAAAAUAGGAAAAAAGAAAAAAAAAAUACGUAUAUAUACACAUUCGAAAAGUGUAUAUGUGGUAGUUCGACACUUAAAAUAUAUCAAUUCGUAAACUGGACCAUCAGCGGCGGUACAUUUUAGCCGGAAAUUACGGGAUGGAGUUACUCUGGUUUGAGAUAUAAUCGACAAUAUAUUUAUAUUUAUUGUAAACGGUCUAUAUAUAUGUAUGUGUAUAUAUAUAUAUAUAUGUAUAUUUAUGUGUGUGUAUAUAUAUGUAUAUAUACACACACAUAUAUAUAUAUAGUAUGCAUACCGAUAUUCGUACGUAGCUCGGUAGUGAUGAUUGUUCGUGCUCUAGUAGAAUAAAAAUGAUGAUGAUGAUGAUGAUGAUGAUGAUAAUGAUGAUGAUGAUGAUAAUGAUGAUGAUAAUAAUGAUGAUGAUGAUGAUGAUGAUGAUGAUGUUGAUGAUGAUGAUGUUGAUGAUGAUGAUGAUGAUGAUGAUGAUGAUGAUGAUGAUGAUGAUGAUGAUGAUGAUGAUGAUGAUGAUGAUGAUGAUGAUGAUGAUGAUGAUGAUGAUGAUGAUGAUGAUGAUGAUGAUGAU